AAAAAAAAAAAAAAACAAAACAAAAAAAACAAAAAAAAAAAAAAAGACAGAAAAGAAAAAAAAAAAAAAACAGAAAAAAAAAGAAAAAAGGAAAAAAAACAAGCUGUCUUUUAUGAAUUCUGACGGAGGAAACAACACCGGAUUCUCAAGACGGAACCGUCCUAAAUGUGAUUUUUGUCAUAAAAUUGGUCAUACUAAAGACAGGUGUUGGAAAUUACAUGGGAGACCUCCUACCCCAGUCACCGUUGCUCAGAUCCCACCAUCUCCCAUUGUUCUGUCUCCAGAAGAAUAUGCAGCAUAUCAGCAAUUUAAGUUGACUACUAUGCCAUUAUCUACAACGGGGAUGUCUACCGCUUGCGUUUCAAACACAGCAGGCUCAUGGAUAAUUGACUCAGGUGCCUCGGACCAUAUUUCUGGACCGUUGUACGGGGAAAACAAUUGGCGUCGGCCAUGAAUCUCAAGGUCUGUAUCACCUCCAUCCUCUUGAUCCAAUCGCUUGUGUUUCAGUUGAACCUGCUAUUACCUUACAUAAUCGUCUGGGUCAUCCUAGUCUCUCAAAGUUUCAACGUAUGGUUCCAGGUUUCUCCAAUCUUUCAUCUUUAGAAUGUGAGUCAUGUCACCUUGGAAAACAACCUCGUAAAUCCUUUCCAAGGAGAGUCAAUAACCGGGCUACAUCACCGUUUGAUUUAGUUCAUACAGAUGUAUGGGGUCCGUAUCGAGUCACUUCUACUUUAGGUUUCCGUUAUUUUGUUAUUUUUGUGGAUGAUUUUUCCCGUUACACAUGGUUGUUUUUAAUGAAAGAGCGUUUUGAAUUGUUUCAUAUUUUUCAAACUUUUUGUGCUGAAAUUCAAACUCAGUUUGGUCAUUCUAUCAAAAUUUUACGCAGUGACAAUGCUAAAGAAUUUUUUGGGGCAUCCUUUAAUCAAUUCAUGACAUCACGGGGUAUGCUUCACCAAUCUUCUUGUGUUCACACGCCUCAACAAAAUGGGGUUGCUGAACGCAAGAACCGGCACUUGGUUGAUACUGCUCGUACCCUAUUAUUACAUUCCCAUACACCACCUCAGUAUUGGGCAGAUGCUGUACUCACUGCGUGUCAUUUAAUAAAUAGAAUGCCUUCCUCAGUUCUUAAUAAUGAAAUUCCUUAUUCUAUUUUGUUUCCUGCUCGUGAUUUAUUUCCAUUACCACCUCAUGUGUUUGGGUGUGUGUGUUUUGUCCAUGAUACGACACCGGGAUUAGCUAAAAUGGCGGCUAGGUCAAUAAAAUGUAUCUUUCUUGGAUAUUCACGACUCCAAAAGGGGUAUCGUUGUUAUUCUCCAUUACUUAAGAAACAUUUUAUUUCAGCUGAUGUCACUUUCAUUGAGUCGUCCUUUUAUUAUCCAUUAUCUUCAGUUAAUACCCCAUCAUGUUUGGACUUCACCUCAUAUCUUCGGCCCAUCCAUCAGGAGCCUCCCAUUAACCCCCCAUCUGAUGAGCACCCAAACUGCCCUCCUAUGUCAGAUCGUCCAUUACAGGUAUACCAUCGACGUCCUCGACCUCCUCCCAUUGAGCCCAUCAUGGCCACGCCCGUUGAUUCCCCUAUGACGGAUCCUGCAUCACCACCAUCACCUACUCCAGCACUUGACACCACUCAGGAUAAUUUGCCAAUUGCUCUCCGAAAAGGUAGCGAUGAUCAAGGAAUUGCUCUCCUCAAGCAACAUCUGUUUAGCAAAUUUCAAACAAAAGACUUGGGAAAGUUGAGAUACUUCCUUGGCAUUGAGGUUGCACAGUCUCAAGAUGGAAUUGCUCUCUCACAAAGAAAGUAUGCCUUGGAUAUUCUUGAGGAAACAGGUUUGCUAGAUUGCAGGCCAGUGGAUACACCAAUGGAUCCGAACGUUAAACUCGUAUCAGAACAGGGAGAUCUUUUGCCCAACAAGGAAAAAUAUAGAAGACUCAUCGGAAAAUUGAAUUAUCUUACCAUCACGAGACCAGAUAUUUCAUUUGCGGUAAGUGUUCUUAGCCAGUUUCUUGAUAAGCCAUGUACUGGACAUUGGGAUGCAGCUAUUCGAGUUUUGAGAUACAUCAAGAAAACUCCAGGACAAGGAUUGUUGUUUGAAGAUCGAGGCCACCGUGAUAUUGUGGGAUACUGUGAUGCAGACUGGGCCGGAUGUCCGAUGGAUAGACGUUCCACUUCGGGAUAUUGCAUCUUGAUUGGUGGAAACUUAAUUUCAUGGAAAAGUAAGAAACAAGAUGUGGUUGCCAGAUCUAGUGCUGAAGCAGAAUAUCGUGCAAUGGCCCUUGUUACCUGUGAAAUCUUAUGGUUGAAGCAUCUCCUCCAAGAGUUAAAAUAUGGAAACACAAAACCAGCUCAACUCAUGUGUGAUAAUCAAGCUGCAAUGCACAUCGCAUCAAAUCCGGUAUAUCAUGAGAGGACAAAACAUAUUGAAGUUGAUUGUCAUUUUAUCCGAGAGAAGAUCACCAGUGGACAUAUCAUCACAAAAUAUGUGAACACAACUGGACAACUUGCAGAUAUUUUAACUAAGUCUCUUAGAGGUCCUAGAGUGGAAUAUAUUUGUAACAAGCUUGGUACAUAUGAUUUAUAUGCUCCAGCUUGAGGGGGAGUGUGGAAACCCUAGUAGUAUUGGGCUUAGCCCAUUUUGUAUAUCUUGUAUAGG